AUGAAACUACUUGCGCUAUCAUCACCAAUCCUUUUUUACUUCUUCUUGGAAGCUUUAUAUUCAACCUGGUUACCAACAAACUAUGUUUUCGAACCAGAAGUGUUGCAACAAUUGGCAAAAAAUGUUAUAGCAAAACAUCCAGAAGGUAAUACUACUUUAAUCUUACAAGAUUUAGGCGCUGAUAUAAGAGAACGUUAUGGUGAUUUGAUCAAUCCAUUGAACUUUGAUGAUUGGGUUUUCAACAAUGCUGGUGGUGCAAUGGGUACAAUGUUCAUCCUACAUGCUUCAAUCUCAGAAUACUUGAUCUUCUUUGGAACUGCUACUGGUAAUGAAGGUCAUAGUGGUGUUCAUUUCGCUGAUGAUUAUUUCACAAUUUUAAAAGGUCAUGAAAAAUCUGCUUUCCCAAAUGAGUUAUACCCAAGAAUUUUCUAUCCAGGUGAUACAAAUCUCAUGAAAAAAGGUGAAGUUACUCAAUAUUCAUUAGCUCCUGGAUCUUUUGCAAUGGAAUUGGCUCAAGGUUGGAUUCCAGCCAUGUUGCCUUUUGGUUUCUUGGAUACAGUUUCAUCAACUUUGGAUUUUGGUACCUUCUUGAGAACCACAUACCUAACUGGAUAUGACAUGAUCAAGCAUUUAUUACGCGGGAAAUUCUGA